AUGCGUGCCUGCAUUCACCUGGACCCCAAUGAGAGACCAAAAAUAGGGGAAGUGUGUGAGUGGCUGUGGAACAUACCAUAUCACUGGAGCAACGAGGGAGUCCCUGUGGCCGAACUGCACAGACUAAUCGACGAUGUCGGCGAGCUGCUGCCCAGCGUGAGGUACAACAAGAGAAUCCUCCGUCUCCUUCAGUCUCAGAUGAAGAGCAUGAAGGGACUCCAAGACGUGCCCCUGGAAAAGUCAAGAGUGGCCUGGAGCGACUUAAAGGCAGGGCUGGAAUCGGGUAAGGCGCUGAUCGAGGAACACAUCCGGGCAUUUGACAUCUGCAAUUUCUACACUGUUGACGAACUGAAGCUCCUGGUCGAGGACCUGUGCAACCAGCUUCACGAUGCGACAGGAACGCUGGAUGCACAGGAUGGGAUAAACAUCGACAGCUUUGUGCCUGAAUGGGACAUCCUCCGUGAUAGGGAAGACCUUGAGGCCUGUCUACGAUUUGUUGUUCUGGGAGAACAAUUCGCUAGUGUUGAGCAUGGGUGGAUCGACGUGAAGACAGGGCACGAGACAGGGAUGCUAGAUGUGGGGGCCCUUCGAGAGGAUGAUAUCCUGCCUGCCUUGCGAGGAGCAAAACGCAUUGCCACUGGGAAUAGGAGCUAUUUGUAUGAGGUGGAGUGGCGAGGCAGCAUGGUCGCUGUGAAGCAACUGAAAGGCGAUGCUGUCGAAGAUCUGGUGCGGCUGUCAAUCGAAGCCACAUUUGGUGCUUUUCCGGACAAUAAGCACAUCAUCAAAGUGCAUGCCCUGUGUAUGCCAGGCAGGCUGCUGGCGAUGGAGCUGGCCUCAGGGAACUUGAAGGAUUGGUACAAGACUCACCCAAGGGUAUCGUGGGAGACUAAGAUUGUGAUGCUGCACCAGGCAUCGUUGAAUUUGGCCCAUCUGCAUGGCAGGGAUGAGCGGCCCAUCCACCGCGACGUAAGGACCAGCAACUUCCUUGUGUGUGGCGGACCCCAACAAGAGUUGCCACUGGUCAAGCUCGGUGGCCUUGGCACUGCCACUCCUCAAAACACUGGAGUGAAGAUCGCUGUGAAAAUGCAGCCGGAGGCAAUACUCUAUUGCGCACCAGAGAUCCACCGAUGGGAGCCGCACAGCCAGUCGAGUGACGUAUUUAGUUUUGGUGUGGUGAUGUGUGAGUUGGCGGCCCAGCGGACACCGACUUGGGGAGUGAAGGGCGGCAAUUCUGUCUCUGCAGAGAGGAAGGAGAGCGGGGAGCUGCCUUGCCGGCUACCCACAGACUGCCCGCAGCCUCUGAGGGAUCUCAUCAAUCUGUGUCUAUCAGCCAAGCCCUCAAGACAGCCCUCCAUGAAAGAUGUCGAGGGCAGGUUGGCAAUAUGUUGUGAGUCGCUGUGCAAACCUGGUACAGAAAAUUAG